GUAUUGUUCACUCCUAAUGAAGAUGGGUGGAUUAAAAUUGCUGAUAAGUUUGAAAGUAAAUGGCAAAUGCCUCAUUGUUUAGGAGCUCUUGAUGGGAAACAUGUUGUCCACCAAGCUUCUCCGAAGAGUGGUUCAGUAAAUUACAACUACAAAGGGAGUCACAGCACAAUUCUUAUGGCAAUGUGUGAUGCCAACUACAAUUUUACUAUUGUAAAUAUAGGAAUGCCUGGCAGGUGUAGCGACGCAGGUGUUUUUAAAACCUCUGAAAUGGGAAAAAAAAUUCUUAAUAAUGAUCUAUUAUUUCCAAAACCAUCAGUAAUAAGCCCCAACUCUGGAGAAUUUCCUUUUUAUAUUGUAGCUAAUGAAGCAUUCCCACUACUUCCCUCGUUAAUGAGACCUUAUCCAGGGCGAGGAACAUCCAAAUUACUUCUGAAAUUGGCAAUUUUUAACUAUAGGUUGAGCCGAGCAAGGCGUUGUAUUGAAAACUGUUUUGGUAUUCUUGUGGCAAGAUGGAGAAUUUUUAGUAGAGUAAUCAUUGCUAGUGAAGCAACUGUAAAUGGUAUAAUUAAAGCUACUGUGGUUCUUCACAACUAUAUAAAAAUGAAAGAA